AUGCUCUCGACUGCGGGAAGGAACAAGCAGGUGGUGGACGGUGAUUCUUCUGUUUGUUUCUUCAUUCUGCCCGCUAAGCGGCACUUGCCGGUGGCCUGCUUCUCUCCAGAGCUCAUGAUUAACGCCUGGCAUUCGUUGCUCACCAUGUACCACGACAUCGACAGCGAUCUCAUACGAGUAUGGCAACUUCUUCACGAGCUGAGCGAGCAGAAUGCGCACAACCAGAAGAUGGCGGGGGCUUUGCAAUCUCAAGCUGGCGCUCUCAAAACCGAAGCAUCUAACUCUGCUACUGGCUUUACGCUGCGACGUUUCAAUACCGAUAUAUCCAAGGAGGUAUUCGAAUCUGAAUUGGAGCGUACAAACGCCCAGAUCAUUAUCGAGAACCAUACACUGCUGCAAGAAAACAGACAGCUUAGUCUGUUACUGAAGGAGUGUGAGCACACUAUGGAGACCAUUAUGUCCAAAUUCCGAAGCCAUGCGCUGGCAGCACAACGACACGAACUUACUCUUACUCAGCAUUACGAGAAUCUCAUCGUCGCGCGUGAGACUUCUCUACUGCAAGCCGACCUUUCAUCUAAUAACGCUGUGACACACUCACUACAACGAAUAUCCGAGAAUCUUCGCGCUCUUCUGCGAACACUCGCGGGUGAAGAAUCGGAUCUCUCUGACAACUCAGAAGCUUCACGCGCCGCGUCAGCUGCGGAUUCGGAUGGCGAGGACGAGCGCGGUCUGAACCAGACUGACGGCGAACUACUGGAAGGGCUCCUGGGCCGGCAGGACUGGGCACUCGAACGCGAAAGCGAGAUUGCAAGAUUGGAGAAGGAGAACGAGGAACUCCGUAAGAUACUCGGCAUUGACCGCGAAUCAGCAGAAGCGAACGGGUGGUUGCAAGACGAGGCGCGCGAGCUCUCCAUCCGUCGACAAUUGCCCUCUCCUACGCAGAGGUCGGGAAGUCCAGGUACGGGUCCUGGAGUGAUAGGUGGAGCCCAACGCCCGCCCAUGGGCUUCGAUCCGAUGACACACGUACCUGGAAUGGGGGGAGGCAAUGGCUUCCAACUGCCAGGUAACUCGUUCCAACGACCGCCCGAAAUGCCACAGCCGGGCAUGCGUGGGAUGCAGGGCCGCCGGCCAGCCAUGUUUGGACAGCGUGGACGGGGUGGGGGACCCCAGAUAUGGGACGGACCGAAUCAUCAGUUACUCAUGCCGGACAGACCAUGGCAGGCACAAGGCGGUUUGGAUUUGAGUCGAUGA